AUGCUUUUAAGCGCCGUCGUAGUAGCAGAUCAGGGUGCCGGAAGCACAUCUGUUGUUGCUGAUUCAUACGGAGCGGGUCUACUUAGACGUGGACCACCUGGAACCGAUGGCGGUGACAGUGGUGCUGCUGAUUCUGGCGUUGGUAAUGGCGGCAACAAUGAUAUUGGUGGAGGAGGUGGUGAUAGCGGCAGUAGCUAUGGCGCAGACACUGGUAAUAAUGCUGCUGGUGCUGGCGAUUCGCCUUCGUCGUCUAAUACUCACGACUCAGGCUCAUCGUCUCCAAUCCCGGGAAAUGAUAAUAACGACUCUACUGGCAAGGAGUCAUCGCCUCCCGACAGUGGUGAUGACUCUUCAUCAUCGAGCGGCAACAAGAACAACGAUGACGACAGUAGUAGCACCGACUCAUCAGCUAGUAAAGACAAUGGAAGUAAUACAGACAACUCAGCUUCUCAUAGUUACCAUUCUGCCGGCAAAGACAGCGGUAGUGAUUCGUUAUCUGGAAGUGACAACAAUGGCAACAGCGGAACAAAUUUGAACGACAACGCCGGUUCAAACAAAGAUAAUGGAUCAUCAUCACCAGCCUCAGAGAACGACCAUUCGAGCGACAGCGACAGCGGCAACAGCAACAGCAACAGCGACAAUGCUGUUGUAUCUGGCAAAGACAACGGUAAUUCAUCAUCGUCUGCCGGAAGCGACUCCAAAGAUCACUCUGACUCGACCAAUGAAUCUGGCUCUUCUUCAGAUAGUGGUGGCGAAUCGUCAUCAUCGGGGGGUGGAGGGCCUGGAUCUUCUGAUAAGGGCAAUGAUCACGGGUCGUCCGACAGUGGUAUUAACUCUGGCUCAUCGCCCGACGACAACACCAAUGCCAGUGGUGACGAUCCAUCUAGCUCAUGGGGCGGUAAAGGUAAUGGUUCUUCCGAUGGCGAGCAAGGCGACAGUUCAUCGGAUAACAAAGGACCUGGUUCUUCCGAUGGCGAAAAAGGUGACAGUUCGUCAGACGGUAAAGGACCUGGCUCUUUCGGAGACGGAAGCGGUAACGACAAUUCGUCCAGCGGCAGCGGCGGAAAUGAUAGCAACGGCCAUGGUGAACCUGGCAGCGACAACGGUGACGCUAAUGGUCCCGGUAAUGGAAAGCCUGGUGACAAUGAUAACGGUGAAGGAGACAGCUCUGGUAAUGAUAAAGGUCCUGGUAGCGAUAACGAUAACAAUCAUGGACAUGAUGGCGGGCCUUCUGAUGGUAGCGAUUCGAGCACAGAUACACCUCAUGGUUCUGAUGGUCCUGUCAAACCAACUGACGGUGCAGACAACGACAAAGAUCAUAGUCACGGCGAUCCCACUCCUACUGAUGGCAGCGAUUCGAGCACGGAUACACCUCAUGGUUCUGAUGGUCCUGUCAAACCAACUGACGGUGCAGACAACGACAAAGAUCAUGGUCACGGCUAUCCCACUCCUACUGAUGGCAGCGAUACGAGCACAGAUACACCUCAUGGUUCUGAUGGUUCUAUCAAACCAACUGACGGUGCAGACAACGGCAAUGAUCAUGGUCACGGCAAUCCUACUCCUAGUGAUGGUGCUGGCGAUAAUGGUGAUGGCUACAAUUCUGGCGAGUACACCUACAGCAGAACAUUCUCUUGGGGCUAUUCAAAGACCAUUUCAGAAGAGCCCACUGAUACGCCAACAAGCACACCAGAGGAUCCUCAUGAACAUCAUCCUACAACGACUGACCCUUGGUGGUGGGACACAACUAGAAGCGGUGCCAGUUAUUCCAGUUAUUGGACAACAGUUACUGAUGCGCCCGGGACCACCACUGAGGAGCCGACAGCCGAGCCGACUACUACUGAAGAGCCGACUACUACUGAGGAACCGACCACUACCGAGGAACCGACCACUACUGAGGAACUAACCACUACUGAAGAGCCAACCACUACUGAGGAACCGACCACUACUGAGGAAUCAACCACUACUGAGGAACCAACCACUACUGAGGAACCAACCACUACUGAAGAGCCAACUACUUCAGAGGAGCCAACUACUACUGAGGAGCCAACUACUACUGAGGAAGUGACUACCAAGGAAUUACUAUCCACAGAAGAAGCUGCAACAACAACAACAACGACCGAGGAGCCUGAAACCACAUCAAAUGCACCAGCAACGACAGCUCAGAAACAGGCAGCGGCAACGACAUCGAAAAGCGAAGAACCUGAAGCCACGAUUACUGCUCAGGAGCCACAAGAAGAGCAGACGACAACGCCCAACUUGUUGCAGCAAACAAUCAGUACUACACCACCCGAGUCUGAGCAAGUAACAACGACCGCGCCUCCUGAAACGACUACAACGACCGAGAAUAUAUGGGCCCAAGAAGUCACCACGACGACCACGACAGUUGAACACGAGGCAGAUGAACGACCGACAUCCUCUGAAGAAGUAGCAGCUACGUUGACCAACAGCCGCACCUUCACUGUGACAUCGUCUACUGCCACACCAUCACUUGUCCUUGGCCAGAGCGAAUGUGGUUCUGAUCCAUUAGCUGUCGACGGCCAUUGUCCUGACGACCGAUUCUGUAACGCCGCUACCCACCAGUGCGUCGAGUUGCUUAGCUUGGGUGACUUCUGUUAUGAAGACUUUCAGUGUUUCUCUUCCUACUGCAGCGGCAACCAAUGUGUAGAGGCCCCUUCGAGCAAUAAUGGUGAAGCAUUAUCCGGCGGUCAAAUAGCCGGUGCCGUAAUUGGAUCCAUCGCCGGUGCACUGAUCCUCAUUAUAUCGCUCAUUUGCUUCCGUCGCCGAAAACAGGCUGCAUCCAAUCGCGAAGAACGUAUGCGUCAACAACAGCAAUUCCGCGACUUGGUGGAUUCUGAAGCUCAAGAAGCAGCAGCAGCUACUGAAAGUCCUCGUGGUUCGCGAUUUGCUCGUAUGUCCAAGUACAACUUUUUGGCACAGGUGCUCACGCCUUCUGGAACCAACUCUGUCGUACAGCCUGAAAUGCAGCAACAUAAUAACCAGGCACCGUCGCCAUCAGGUUCAGCCGGGGCUGCUGGUAACGAAGUUUAUAACAGCUAUGGUAUGCUCGUUGGCGGAAUGGGCAGUUCAGCAGCUGCAGCGCGUGAUCCAUCCAUCACUUCGAAUGGAAGCCGUGAAGCGAUGGAUGACAACCGCUAUUAUGGAGCCAUGGCAGCGCCAGGACAGCACGGCGGUGGUGGCACAUCCUCUCCAAUGCCACAUCAUCAUGAUCAUGGCGCUCUGGCGAGGGAAUCUGGCCAAGUACUUCCACCAGGCGAUCAUCAGCCAAGAGAAAUGGCGCACAUGUCAUACCAACCCCAACUGAACCCUGGCCCCGUUGGCUCAACGCCAAUCGAUGAAGAAGCGAACCCGUUCCGUGACACGGUCGAUCCGUCGUCUUUCCAAGCCGCACAGAGUGCCGCCGCUGCACAUUACCAGCAGCAACCUACUGAUAAACGCUACGAAUUCUUCUAGAAAUUACUAUUUCACUAGCUCACAGCCACUGCCAUCAUCACUAUUGAUC